AUGCUUUUCAAAAGCCUCCGUAAUGGGAAGAGGAAUAAGCCCGGGGUGGAGGCUGCCAGCUCUCCAGACUCUGUGAGAGGUCGAGGGGAAAAUAAAGCCAUCAACCACAAUGAUCUGGACAGAGACUUUUGGAAUAACAAUGACAGCAGCAACGUGCAACAGAGGUGGAGCUCCUACCCGCCCAAGGAGUUCCUCUUGAACAUGUCUCCCUAUACCCCCUACGGAGACCCUCGCCUCACGCCCAAUGGGGCAGUGGAUAAGGGUGGGCAGGGCGGUGCUGGACCCUCGCCGGGGACAAGUGACAGCGGGGGUGGUGCUUGCUCUGGUUCUGGGGCUGGGCCCAGUCGCAGUGACAGCGUUCGAAGCAUGGUGAUGGGGGGCAGCAGGGCCGGGCGCUGGCAGGCGGUCCAGAGCCACAUGAAUGCUGGAGGUCUACGGUUCGGCAAUUUCGGGGACGCUUCCCUCUCGUCUGCUUCCACCUUGGAGCACAUCCCGUCCUCAGCCGUGGCGCGCCCUCGGCCCUUGGUCCGGCAGCAAAGCCUCCAGCAGCCUCUCACUCACCAGCCCCCUCCGGGUCCUAACGACCCCCCAGUCACCUCUCAGAGCCUGGGCCAGCUGCACACAGGCCCAGGCGGCGGGGGCCAUCGUGGGGGCCCACGCGGAGUCCGGGGGAGUCCGGCUGGAGCCUCCCGGUGCAGAGGUGGAGGGGCAGGUCGAUCGAGGUCAAAUCCUGGCAGCUGGGAUCACAUGAUGGAGCAGAUCCGCCACAGAGGGCUGGACGUCAAGUCGUUCUUUGAGGGGAAGAUGGUUGUUCUGUCUCUAGCAAUCGGGCUGGCUGAACAGGAUGACUUUGCCAACCUCCCAGAUCUGCAGGAAGCGCCAGCAAGCAAAGAAAACGAAACCACACCAGAAAAGAGGACUCCGGGUAACAAACCAGGCAGCAGCCCCAGAGAUGAGAGCGGACGCCGCCACGAUGCCAACUCCUCUGUUUCUGACUUGGCCAACUCUGUCACCAGUGACAUGCUCAUGGUUUAUGAGACCCCGUUUUUUGUGGCAGUGGAUCAUGCGAAAAAGAAGGUUGUCAUCAGUAUCAGAGGAACCCUAUCGCCAAAGGACGCCUUGACUGAUCUGACAGGGGAUUCUGAACGUUUGCCUGUGGAGGAGCAGCACGGGACCUGGCUCGGCCACAAGGGGAUGGUUUACUCAGCAGAAUACAUUAAGAAGAAACUGGAUCAGGAAAUGAUCUUGUCACAAGCCUUUGGAAGAGACUUGAACAAGGGCACCAUGCACUAUGGGCUGGUGAUAGUCGGCCAUUCUCUUGGUGCAGGCACUGCUGCUAUCCUCUCCUUCCUGCUGAGACCUCAGUACCCACUUCACUGCUACUCUUACUCUCCACCUGGUGGCCUUUUUAGUGAGGAUGCCAUGGAGUACUCCAAAGAGUUUGUCACAUCCGUGGUGUUAGGAAAAGACUUGGUGCCAAGGCUCGGCCUGUCACAACUGGAGGGUUUCCGACGCCACCUUCUGGAAGUCUUGCAGAAAAGUAACAAGCCAAAGUGGAGGAUCAUUGCGGGAGGCACCAAAUGCAUCCCCAAAUCAGAGCUUCCAGUAGAGGAUGAUGAUCCUCAGUCUCAGCCAGCAGCGCCGCCCAGCAGUCGCCUGUGGCUCCACCCCAGUGACCUCAGCAUUGCCCUGUCAGCCUCCACCCCACUCUAUCUUCCUGGCAGGAUCAUCCAUGUGGUGCACAACCAUCCUCCAGAGACGUGUUGUGGCCAGGAGGAGCCAACCUACUCCGCUCUGUGGGGGGACAACAAGGCCUUCGAUGAGGUCAUCAUAUCACCUGCCAUGCUUAAUGAGCACAUGCCCCAUAUGGUGAUGGAGGGCCUAAACAAGGUGCUGGAGAACUACAACAAAGGGAAAACCGCUUUGCUGUCAGCAGCCAAGAUCAUGGUGAGCCCCACAGAAGUGGACUUAAACCCAGAGAGCAUGUUCGUGGAUACAUCAACAACUCAGCAGCCGACGCCUACAACCCACCACCGCAGGAACAGCAGUGUUCGUUCGUGUGCCCAGUCUGAAAUAUCUCUGGAUGGUUUCUCUGAGUGCCCCCCUCCUCCAGUGCCUGUAGUGCUGCGUGGAGCACGGGAGCGCCUGACAGUGGAGCUGAGGGACCGCAAAGCACCGCUGGCUGUCAUGGAAAGUCUCUCGGACGCCGAAUCCCUCUAUAGUCUGGAUUCUCGCCGCUCUUCAGCUGCGCUAAGAGGUUCGCCAAUGCUGAGUUGCCUCCCGUUUCCUUUGGACGCCCCGAUCCCCGAAGAGAACCCGUCUCUCAGCUCUCGCACUGAACUACUGGCUGCUGACUGCCUCUGCCCGGAAACACCAGAGCACUUGGGUGAGGUUGGGCCCUUCUUUACCCCACUGGAAUCCAGGUCCACCCCGGAUUACCCCAUGCGGCUGUCUCCUGCCACACCUCGCUACAGUGGAAACCAUUCCCCAGCUCUGCUAAAUCAGAGCGUCUUGGCUCAGCCUUUAAAGCCGGAGCCUAACGGCAACCGAAAAAUGCUUCCUGAUAGGGAUCACCAACAGAUGCCUGGUGUCUACAGCCCAGGGAGCAGUCCUAUCGCUCCCCUCAGCCCACAGAUUGGUUCUAGACCAAUGGAUGGAGAUAAUGAAGACUGGGAGCUGGAGACGGCAGAGAAACGGUUAUGUGCAGAGACCAGACCGGCAGCUUCUUCUCCUCCACCCCAACUAACCAAUGGAAACCCCAGCCAGGCAGUGCUGGAGUUCGCCCAGUACUUAGACUCUCUGUUCAGAUUGGACGGCAGCAGUUCACCACCUCUGGAGCUUUCUGACGGGGAGUCCGAGUCAGGCCGGGGCUCUUUUGGACAGGGAGAGUGUCUCGUAGAUGGACAGCCGCUGGAUGACAAACAACUUCUGGUGAGAGCAACACUGGAGCCUAACCUCGUCCCCAAGCCCCCACGCACUUUUGCUGGAUCCGCUGACCCGUCUUCAGGCAUCUCUUUGUCGCCCUCUUUCCCCCUCUCGUCGUCCGAGGAGCUCAACGACCUUUCCCCCGGCGAGGGCGUCCUGCCGGCCAUGCACUCCCUACGAACAUCUAGCCCCUGCCACUCUCCUGAAGAGAACACACUCUCAUCUAUGGUGUAGUGAGCUCCCAAGACUCCAAUGUCCUUUGCUCUAGAUUGACAGGUGCAGUCAUUUAAAAUGUAAAACAUAUCACAGUACGUGCAUGCGGCGGAAUGCAGCCACUCUUCAGAGAUCCAACGACAGAACUUGACGGACCAACACACCAAACUAUUUCCAUUCUUCAGGUGUUCCCAGUGAACGCUAUUUAUAGCAUUUACACACAAUUGCAAUGACUAAGAAAAAAAGAUACCUCUCUCUGCAUGCCAGGGGGCAGUACUGCUUUUGGGUGAAUAUAAAUAACUGUAGCUUCACAAUGCCAUUCCAAAACAAUGACGUCUCACCCACGUAGGGACGCGUCAGCAUUAUAUCAGUUCCCCAACUCAACAAAAUCAAAGGGAGAAUUCUUAACUGAGCAGGGAUUCAAAAACUAACACUGUAGAAGAGGUUAGCACAGGCACAUCAUCUGGGUUGGUGUCCUGUACAACUCCCUGCACCAUCAGCAGCUCCGGAAACUUUGUCCAGCUUUUAUUUAAUUUUAUUUUUUCAAAUCAGGAAUGUGAAGAUGGACAUAUUCAUCAAUCAAUAGAAGUGAGAAGACAUUAUGAAAUGUUCCUCAGGUCUACAAAGAAUUGACUUUGAGAAAGAAAGUGUGUUACAUUGGUGAGAAUUCAUGUGUCUUAAAAAUGUAGUGAUUGUGACAAAGUUAUUACAGACGCCUAUGGAUGUUUUUGAGUCUUUUGGUUACUCUUUAUAGUGCAUGAAGGUUUUUUUUUUUUGUCUUUUAUUUUUCAAGAGAAAAUGUCAAGAAACCACUUAGAUUGACAUUAGGAUAUCUUGCAUACAUAAUCUUGCUCAAUUUACCCCAACAAUAUUUGCCAAAAAAUGUAAUACAUUGUAUGCCAAAUGUAUUUAUGAGAUGUAGUUUUGUAUAUGUAUAUGUAUAUUGCUUUAUUUAAACACACGCUAAGUUUAUUAUCUCCUUCCCAUUCUGUUGGUUCCCAUGUAGACUGUUAUACAGCAACACCACGGAAAAAAGCUAUCCUGACCUUAAAACACUGCCAUGGCUUUCAUUUGGAAAACACAACCUCUGUACCUUCGGUUUGAACCAAUGAUGAUGAUAAUAAUAAUAAUAACUUGCUAACAGUCGUCCUAGUCUCUUAACUACUGUACCUUUCUCUUUGGAGAGCUCUUAGCAAUGUGCCCAGGUCAGAGAAAGCAUGCUUUAUGCUUUUCAUGGUAGCAUGGCUGGUAUAGAAAUGUCUUGUCAUUGAGUCACAGUAAAUAAGAUCUACACAUGUUCAGAAAUUACAAUAUAUGUAAACUCAAAACAUUAUAGAGGCUUCUAAAACACCUGGGUCACCAAACGGGACCAAACUGCGUAUUCUAAAAAUGUCCCAGGAUUUCAUCUCUCGUUUUCCAGGUGCUCUCGGUCACCUUGGACUUCAAGGUGUUUGCUUCCCUUUAACGUGGUUCAUCUCAAACAUCCUUGAUGGACUGAAUAAAUGAAUUCUUCAAACAUCACGUUUGCCAAUUCUAAAUACUGUACGUGGCAUACAAUCUUCUGUCACUCGAGGUGUAACAGAUGGCUCACAAUUUGCAUUCAUUAUUACCGUUAAUGUUGUUAUCACUUUUAUUGCUAUAUUUGAUGGUAUUAUUAUCCUUAUUGCUCUUGCAACAGAUUGGUUUGAUGUUAGUGGUUUUUAUCUCAGUUUUUUAGGGACGGUGUGGGGAACUUUUUAGACUUUCCCCAAAUGUAAGGAGUUCUAUAUUUCAGCUUUCUUUUUCUGUCGGAGUUGAAAAGUAUUUGACAUUCUGCCAUGGCAUGGUCACAAUAUGCUCUUUUUACAAAUGUUUCAUGGUGGUGAGACAUGCUGCAGAGUGACAGCCUGCUCACAGUGACCUCUGGUGCAGCGCCACCGUCAAGCCGGGAGUCACCACAGUGAUCUGCACAGUCUCUAUUUGGAUUAAGAUUUGCUGUGAAUACUCACCGCAGACAGUUCCAGCCAGUUUACAGUCUGACACAACUCAAGUCAUGCUGCCAGUCACAGUAGACUCUCACCAGAUACUUUCACGGUUGGGCCAGCAAUUUCCUACUUUCAUUAACUUUGCUUGCUGCCGGUCAUACACUGAAACACUGCUGAAAGAAAGCACUAUGAUACUUCCUACCAUGAUGUGUACAGCACCAUCUUCUAUGUGUAAUUAUGUAUGCAGAUGUCUAAAACAAAAGAUAAAUUCCAAUAGUCACGCAGAAAACAACUAUAUAACAAUAGAGAUGAUGAAUAUAUUAAAACAUAUCAGUAUUGACUUAAUCUAAAAGUUAUUUAUUCAAACUAUUGGCAGAUUUACAAAUUGGUCUAUAUUGAAAGAAGAAGAAUUCAACUAUGUCUUGUCCAUGUUUACCUGGUUUGCUUACCCUCCUUUCCUGCCCCACAAUGAGAAUGUAUUUAAUCCCUCCCCCUCACUGCCCUGCCUGUAAUGGAAUAAACUACAAACCAUGAAAAUAA